AUGGGGAUGUUUGGGAAUGGGUAUGGAGUGGUAGAGGGGGGGAUGGGGUGUGGUGAGAGGGUGGUGGAUAAUAGGGGGGGAAGGGUAUGUAAGGGGGGGGUGUGUGUUUGGGGUGUGGGUGAGGUGUUGGGUGUAUGGGGUAGAGGUGAAGUGUUGGAUAUUGUGUAUGGUGGAGAUGAUUUUGGAGGUUGGGGAAUGGAAGGGGUUGGGAUUGAAUGUGGGGUGAAGGUGGGUGAUGGAGAAGUGGGGGUUGGGAGAUGUGGGGGGGGAUGUUUGAAGAUGAGUGUAGGGGGCGGGUGUGAGGUUGGGGGGGGGGUAGUAGAUGAUAUGGAGUGGAGGGGAUGGGAUUGUGGGGGGGGUAUAAAUGGGUUUGUGGUGGAUUUUGUUGGGGGGGGGGGGGGGGGGGGGUUUUUUGGGUGUUGGGGGGGAAUUGAUGUGGAGAUUGGGUUAGGGGGUAGGGGGGGAGGGGGUGGAUUUUAUGGGGGGGGUGAAGAUUGGGAUAUUAGGGGUUAUGUAAGGGGGGUUUGGGUGAUUAAUUUUUGGGUUUGGGGGGAAUAUGUAUGGGAGGGGUUGAGGGGGUUGUUAGGGAUUUUUGGGAGGGAGGUAUUUGGGUGGGGGGUGGGGAAAUAUGUUGUUGGGAGGGGGGGGGGGGGGGUUAUGUGGGUUAAGGGUUGGGUAUGGGGUUGUGGUUGGGGAUAUUUUGGGGGUGGUUUUGGGAGAGAGGGAAGGGUUAUAAUAUGGGGGUGGGGGGGGUAUUGGGGGGUAUUUGUGGGGUGGGUGGGAUAUUUUGAAGGGGGGGUGGGGGGGGUAAUAUUUAGGGUGGGGGUGAACAAUUGGGGGGAAGGGGGUUUGGGGGUAUGGAGGGGGUAUGGGAUGGGUGUUGGGUGGGGAAUGAAAAGAGGAAGGAAAUUAAUAAGGGGAUGGGUUUGGUUGGGUUUUGGGGUUGAGUUUGGGAAGGGGAGGGGGGGGGUAGAAGGUUUGUGGGGAGAGUGGGUGGGGAGGGGGGUGGAUAUGUUGAAUGGGAAUGAGAGGUUGAGGGUUGUUUGUGAAGAUAAUGUGUAUUUGGGUGAAGGAUGGGUUGUGGAGGGUGUUGGGUUUGUGGGUGUGUGGGGGGAAAAGUUUGGAAUAGGGUGUGGGGGGUGGGGAGGGGGAGAUGGUGUGAAGGUUGUUGAAGAGAUAUUUUAG